AGCGAUAGGGUCCACAUGAAUCUGUCCAAUCCAAGACAACCUCUGCUUAUUUAUAUCAGCAUGCAUUAUUUUCCAAAGUACACGAUUUUUCCGUAACAUUGUCGCUUUUAACUGAGAAACACAGAAAUGGAGAAGGCAGGGAACAGACAGAAAGUUCUUCUCGGUCAUCUGCAGCCCAAUUCUUCUUCUUCGUUUCUUUCUCAUACCCAGAAGUCAUCCUCUCUUUCUACUUCAAUUUGUGCUGCUGGAAAUGGUGCUGCGUAUCGCAGGACAGCUGUUUCUGGUGAUGAUGUUGUGAUCGUAGCUGCUUAUCGUACUGCCAUUUGCAAAGCCAAGAAAGGUGGUUUCAAAGAUACGCUUCCUGAUGACCUUAUUGGCUCAGUUUUGAAGGCACUAAUAGAGAAAACAAAUGUUAAUCCAAGUGAAGUAGGGGACAUAGUUGUUGGUACAGUUCUAGCUCCUGGCUCAUUAAGGGCAAUUGAAUGCAGGAUGGGAGCUUUCUAUGCUGGUUUUCCUGAAACGGUGCCCAUCAGAACAGUCAACAGGCAAUGCUCAUCUGGUCUGCAGGCAGUUGCUGAUGUUGCUGCUUCCAUAAAAGCUGGAUUUUAUGACAUUGGCAUUGGAGCUGGGUUGGAAAGCAUGACAGUGGAUAAAAUUGACAUCGUUAGCCAAGUUAACCCAAAAGUAGAAAUCUUUGCACAAGCCCGAGAUUGUCUUCUUCCUAUGGGUAUCACUUCUGAAAAUGUUGCACAGCGUUAUGGUAUAACACGGCUAGAGCAAGACCAGGCCGCUGUUGAAUCUCAUAGGAAAGCAGCUGCUGCAACAGCAUCUGGUAAAUUCAAAGAUGAGAUCGUACCAGUUUCUACAAAGAUUGUAGACCCCAAAACUGGUGAACAGAAGUCUGUCACAAUUUCAGUGGAUGACGGAAUUCGACCAACAACGAACAUUGCAGAUCUUUCCAUGCUGAAGCCUGCAUUCAAAAAGGAUGGGUGCACAACUGCUGGUAAUGCUAGCCAGGUGAGUGAUGGUGCUGGUGCUGUCCUCCUUAUGAAAAGAAGUGUAGCUUUGAAGAAGGGACUUCCAAUUCUUGGUGUUUUCAGGAGUUUUGCUGCUGUUGGUGUGGAUCCAGCUGUGAUGGGAGUAGGCCCAGCUUAUGCAAUUCCUGCUGCAGUGAAGGCUGCUGGACUAGAACUUAAUGAUAUUAGCCUGUUUGAAAUUAAUGAGGCAUUUGCAUCUCAAUACGUUUAUUGUAUUAAGAAAUUGGGGCUUGAUCCAGAAAAGGUUAAUGUCAAUGGUGGUGCACUUGCACUCGGGCAUCCUUUGGGCGCUACAGGUGCUCGCUGUGUUUCAACUAUUUUGCAUGAAAUGAAACGUCGUGGGAAGGAUUGCCGCUUUGGAGUAAUCUCAAUGUGCAUAGGCUCAGGUAUGGGGGCGGCUGCUGUUUUCGAAAGAGGAGAUGGAGUCGAUGAGCUUUCCAGCGCUUGAAAAGCUGAAAGUGACAACCUUUUAUCAAAAGGAUGCUCUUUAGACAUUGGUGUUUUCUCACCUUGUUAAAUUCUCCAUUUAUAGCUCUACAGAUUAUCAAAUUAAAAAAAAAAAAAAAAAAAAAA